AUCAUGAUUUACUCUCCUCGCUACCUGGUUGAACCAGUGAUGCUAUUCUUCAUGUACACUUACAUCAUGCAGCUCAUAUUCUAUUCCGGUAUCUUCCAAGCUGACGUUUGGUAUGAACAAACCAAAAACCAGUCCCUUGUCAGACACUGUCUUUACCACAAAUCAGAAGAUAUCUGUCAGAACCUAUCAGAGAAUGGCACGCAAGAGUUCAGUACCUUCAACAUGUACAUUAGCAUAGAGUCCAGCCUGGUGGGGAUAGUAGUGAACCUACUAGUGGGGUACAUUGCAGACAGGGUUGCCAGGACUACUAUCCUCAGAGUCACCGUCUUCACCUCUAUAUUCAGCUCUGCAGUUCUGCUGGUGAACUCCUUGGUAAUGCAGAUGCCGAAAUAUAUUUACUACAUAGCAGUCUUCAUAGCUUACUUUGGUGGAGGAUUUGGGGCUUUUAUGGGGACAGCAAUGGCGUACAUCUCGGAUAUUGCGGAUAAGAACAGCAGGACAUCUCGGAUUGCAAUAGCAGAUGGCAUGUUGCAACUUGGGGCCAUGUUUGGUACGUUUGUAAGCGGUCUGUUGAUGUCCCAUGCUACCUGGUACAGCACACCACUACUUUGCGUUUCUGUUAACUUGUGCCUGGGUUUCUACGUGCUUUUUGUCAUCAGAGAUCCUCAACGAGCAAAGAAACCAAGAGCCGAAAUCCGAAUCCGUCAGUUUCAAGGAAGCGUUUUCACAGAUGGUAGACGUUUAUACAGGACCAUCCAGAUAUCGUGCCAGAAUUUACAUUCUCUCAGCUGCAUAUUUGCUCCACUUUACCGCAUUCCUCUCUUAUGCAGGAUUCUUUGUUAACUACUUGUUGUUGCCUCCAUUCAACUGGCCUGCCGACAAAAUUGGUCUCAUCUCCUCCAUAUCAAGUAUAGCUAACUUCCUGAUGGUGAUACUAGUUCCCUUCAUGAAGAUGGCAAGAAUACCUGAGACCCUGAUCGCCUCUAUCUCCUGUGGAAUGUGUUGUUUGGGUUUUGGAGUGGUCACGAUUGCUAGGAGCUUUACCCUCAUGACUGUUGCGAACCUGUUGAAAGGGGGCAGUGGCGUAGCGCUGGCUUUGUACAGAUCUCGACUAUCUAAAGUUGUGAAACCGACCCAGUAUGGUCAGUUGUUUAUGUUGCUGAACUGUUUCGAGUCCCUGGCCACUCUGAUAUCAUCAGUAGGAUUAUAUCAAGUUUAUUUGUAUACCAGGAAGUGGUUCCCGGGAUUUGCGUUUACCAUUCUCGUCGUAUUGGAGGCAGUUGCUCUUGUACUCACUCUAUGGGACGGUUGGUUAGCACGACUGCAGGGUGAGCCGGACCACAUGGACCCCGAACUUCUUCAAGAAGACCAGCAGGAAGUAGACGAUGAUGAGUUACUCAGUCCUGAUGAUUAUGUGAGCACUAGUGAGAAUGGACAAGUUAAUAAUGGACUGGAAAUUGAGGUGAACCCGGGACGUUCGAUCAAUUAAAUUCUGUAUUGAUGUGGAACAAAUAACUUAAUGUCUAAAAUAAAAGUGUCAGAGGAUUGGGAAUUGGGAUUCCUGUCAGCCAAACAUGAUAAUUAAUAUGUGGGUAACUGUUAAGUUUUAACUGAAUUAAGUUGUCCAGGAAUUGAAUCCACCCCGCCUUUCUUGGAAUAUAUUUUUAGGUGGCAUGAGACUGUCGCCUUAAUCUAAGACAACAUAUUUAUAUUCACUGAGUAUAUCUAGUCACGAGAAAUUAUUUCCCUAAUUAUCUUGAAACACCGGGAUUGGUUCAUCAUAUUUUUAGUUUCUUACAGAUUGUCGUGAAGCGAAUAAACGUCAGAAUUAAUCUUCCUUAAAUGGCACGUUUUAAAUGGUUUUGUAUUGUUAACUAAAACGUUUAUUUUGUUAUGAGUGUUGACCUUUUCAGAAGAUUUUGUUGGCGAAUGUCCUUUGUCUAUGUUUAAUCAAGUUCAAUGUAAAUUUAAUCUAAACUUCUACUAUACACUAAUUUUUAAAUUCGAUUUUAUUGUAAACUGUUUUUAGAUUGUUACGAUUUAGUUUCCGUUGAUAUGCGAAUGGCAUCCAAGCGUUGGCGAAAUUAAUAGAUAGGAUCGGAGUCGGCUGUCAAAUUGUUCGCUGAAUAAACUAAUUUCAGCUUGAUUAGUUGAUUAGUUGAUUAGUUGAUUAGUCGAUUAGUUGAUUAGUUGAUUAGUUGAUUAGUCGAUUAGUUGAUUAGUUGAUUCCUGAAAUUCAGAGGAAAACGAAAUAGCUGCAUUCUGUAAAACGUAAUAUCUCUAUAAAGUUACUUUGUACUGGUCAAAUACACGAUUAUAAUACAAAUUUGUAUCACAAUUAUAUAUCAUAAUUAUAGUCUACACUGUUGUAUUAAUCAAUCAAUGUAACGCGUUUGAAAUAGAAAACAAAUUAUUGUUAUCGUUAACAUAACAUGAUACACCACAUCAAAAACAUUUUAAAAAAUAUUAUAUCAUUGUUGUUGUUGAUUGUAUGAUGUUUAAACUGUGAUAUAAAUCACAAUUGUUGUUAAUUAUAAUUACACUAAAGAAAAUCACCUCACUUUCUGCGAUUAUUUGAAUAUAAUUUAAAAAUUUCCCAAUGAACAACU